AUGGCGACGCACAAAAAAACUGGCAAAAAAACUGGCAAAAAAACGAAGGACGGGACCCUAUCCGUGGCCGACCUCCUCACAACGCCUAGACCGCAUGUUAUCAAAGAUGGCGGCGGCCAGAUGAGCGCGGGCUCCCCUGACUCCCCAAGCACCGGAGAGCACGGGCACCAACCUCCACAGACAUCCAAUGCGGAAAUUCUACGAUCUCUCGCAGAGGUAAGACACUACCUAGCGGGGGAAAUAGAGAGAUCUGCGUGGGAGGUGAAGGAGGAGAUACAGACAGUGGGGCAACGCACGGAGGCCCUGGAAUGGAGGAUGGACCACGUGGUGGCUGCACACAAUGAAGCAGCCUCCACCACCAACCACCUCAUCACUAGGGUGGCAGAACUAGAGGCUGAAAUUGAAGAUGCCUCAAAUAGGUCCCGCAGAAAUAAUCUUAGGAUAAAAGGCCUACCGGAAAGAAUUAAAGAUGCAGACAUACAGAAGGUGCUAUUGGGGCUAUUUAAAGAGCAACUACCAGCCAUACCUGAGCACCUGUGGACUAUAGACAGGGCACACAGGGCACUAAGAGCAAGAGGCCCCCCUGACAGUCCCCCCAGAGAUGUCAUAAUGCGGUGGCACUUCUUCUCAACCAAGGAAGCCAUUAUAAAAAGUGCCCGCCACCACACUUACUCGCUGGACGGCUCCACAUUACACCUGUAUCAGGAUAUUGCACCCGCCACACUAGCCAGGAGAAGGGAAUGGAAACCCAUUGCCGACUUUGUCAGGGCCAAGGGCCUCAACUUCGCAUGGGGCCAUCCCUUCAAAAUGCUCGUUUUUAACGGACCGAGACCGGACGUACUCCUGCCUUCAGCAGACCCUAAAACUUUCCUCCGCAACCUGGGUAUUGAAGUCCCAGAAGAUUUUAGCCUACCCCACAGAGGCACUCAAGCACUGGGCCACUUACCCAGAGAAGAAGCAGCGCAGGACGGCGGUGUACACUGA